AUGGAUCCUCUGGAUUGUCGAACAGAUGAAGAGCUUAGUGACUUGUUUCACUGUAAGAAGACAGAGAUUUCUUGUAUGGAGGAACCACAAGCCUUCCUCAACCAGCUCUGGAAGCACAAUCUGGUACCAGAAGAUCUCUACCAGAAAGUGAUGAAGAUGAGGACUACAGAGAGAAGGCAGGAAGUUGUCUAUCAAAUUCUGGGCCAGCUGGAGAAGAAGCUAGGGCAUAGUGUGAGGUUGUUUUGGAGAUGUGUGUUUCAGGAUCACAUGCUGCAGAAAUAUCCUAUUUUGCACUUGAUUUGGAACAGUCUUAAGGAGGGUUCCUUUAGGAUUUACAAGCAGAUUCCUGAUGCACUAGAUGAACCAAACAGGAAAGAAUCAGUCCAGAAAGAAGAAAAGACAGGAAAGGAAAUCAAAACAGGACAAAAAAGAAAGAAAAGCAUUGAGAGGACAGAUGCGGAACAACCAGGUCCUUCAUCUAGCUUCCCCCCUCAACAGAAGAAACCAGCAUCACUAUUUAAGAAAGAAGAGAAACAAGAUGAUUGGAGUUCAAUACGCUUUAAAAAACAGCUUCCUGUUACAUGUGGCAAAAAGGAAGGCAUACUGCAUAAAGAGAAACUGGCGAGAGGUGACAAGUGUAUUCUGUCUAAGGAAAGCUGGUUUACCCCGGGUGGUUUUGAGGAGUUUGCAGGAAGGGGGAGCAGCAAGAACUGGAAACUCAGCAUCCGCUGCUACAAUACUUCCCUGCUGAAACUUAUAAAGGAAGGGUACCUGGAAGCGCCACCUGCAAAGAAGUCUGGUGUUCGGAAGGAUCAGAAAGUGCAGUUUACUGACACCUCUACAGAAUACUGGCACUCUUCAGGAAGCUCCAGCCCUCAGUCAAUAUCCGACGUGGAGCCGAUACAUUUAAGUGAUGAUGAUCAGGACAAGGUGGGAAAGGAGAAAAUCAGCCUAGAAGAAGAAGAAGAAGAGAGUGAUCCAGAUGAUUUCUCUAUGUUUGAGGCUCCUUCUUUACCAGUCAGUUGUGGUUCUUUUAGUGGGGUCUUGUAUAAAAGCAGAUUUACAGGGCCAAAUAGUAAAAGCAUCCGCACAGAGGAGCGCUGGUUCACCCCUGAGGAGUUUGUAAACCAGGAAUCCACUUUGAUGGAUGUUCACUGGAGGAAAGAUAUACUGUGUCAUGGCAAAACUUUACACUUCCUGGUGAAGAAGAAGAUCCUGUUUGUUCAUUUGCAGAAGUGUUCUUGUAAUUACUGCCAUCUUGAGAAGCCUGAAGGGUACCUGGAAGCUCUGCAUGCAAAGAAGCCUGGUGUUCAGAAGAAAGUGCAGUUUACUGACAGCUCUUCAGGAAGCUCCAGUCAUUUGUUAAUACCUGAUGGGGAGCCGAUAGAAUUAAGUAAAGAUGACCAGGAUGAGGAAGGAAAGAAGAAAAUCAGGCUACAAGAAGAAGAAGAAGAAGAAGAAGAAGAAGAAGAAGAAGAAGAAGAAGAGAGUGAACCAGCAGAUUUGUCUAUGUUUGAGGGACCUUUUUUACCAGUCAGUUGUGGUUCUUUUAGUGGGGUCUUGUAUAAAAGCAGAUUUACAGGGCCAAAUAGUAAAAGCAUCCGCACAGAGGAGCGCUGGUUCACCCCUGAGGAGUUUGUAAACCAGGAAUCCACUUUGAUGGAUGUUCACUGGAGGAAAGAUAUACUGUGUCAUGGCAAAACUUUACACUACCUGGUGAAGAAGAUCCUGUUUGUUCAUUCACUGCUUUGUUCAUGUGAUCACUGCCAUCAUGAGGAGCCUGAUAAUGAUGACGUCUGCUUCAUUUGUGAUACUAUUAGAGAUCUGGUGUGCUGUGACAAGUGUCCUCGUGCAUUUCACUAUAACUGCCAUUUACCAAACCUGCAGAAAAAUACACUUGGGGUUAAUUGGACGUGCACUUUCUGUAUGUGUAAGACUUCUGAAGGACCAAGUCUUCUCAUGAGCAAAGAAGAGUCUUUCAACUUGCCUAUAUCUAAGACCAUUACGCACUGUGAUUAUUUGCUGUUGUGCUUGUAUAAAGAGGAUCAGCUGCAAGUGUUUACUGGAGACCCCACUGCAACAGUGAAAGGGUACAGCAGAUGGAUCUCAAAACCCAUGUGGCUGGACCGAGUGAAGAUCAAGCUGCAGAACAAAGAAUAUAAAACAGUGGGAGAGUUUGUGAAUGACGUCAGACUCAUCUUUCAAAACUGCAGCAAAUUUAAUAUGGAUAAUGAGGUUAGCAGAAUGGGAUCCAGAAUGAACGAGAUCUUCGAACAGGAGUUUCACAAAGUUUUUAACAUCAUCCACGUUGGUCCACACAACGAUUCAAGACAGAUGGAAAAGAGUAACAUCAGCCCAAGCAAUCAUUUGGAUUUUCUAGAAGAUAACAAAAAAAUAUCUAGCAUGAAGGAAGAAGACAACUUCCUCAACAAGCCACAGAACUACAAUCUCGUAUCAGAAGAUCUCUGUCAGAAUGUGACGGGCAAUUCCCAAUUAGAUGACGGAUCAUCCACCUCCAGAACUCAGCUUGGAACACUGGCUACAAAUGAUCUAUACAAAGUCCAGCUGGAGAAAGAAAUUGCAAAGUCUAAUCUUCAGAUUGAGCACAUCAAGCUCCAAUCAAAAAAGACAAGGCUAGAAAUUAGGUUGCUUAAAUAUAAGUUAAAGGGGCAGAAUUUGCGAAAAGACACAGAGAAGCUCUAAUUCAGAAAGUCUCCAAAGUAAUGCCAUAACCGACAGUUUACUAUCAACAACAUAAUAAGCAAUGGAAAGUAUGACAUGAUUAAAAGAGAAAAACCCACAACAACAAAUGAGGACCUUGUAUAAUCAUCCAAACAGAAUUUAUAAAUAUUUUUUUAUAAAAAGAUUUUAUAGAACCCUCAGAAAGAAGCAACUUUUAUUAUUGUCUGAACCGAGUUACAGCUGAUGGUAACACACUGUAACGUUCCAUGUAAGUUUUAUUAUGUGCAAAUACUUAUUUAGCUGCAAUUACAGAAUUGCAUUAUUUAAGAUAUUUGUAAGCACUUUGUUGGUGUGGUGAAGAUAUAAAGGUACAGACCUCUGCUGCACAGUUAAAGGUGCAGGGUUGUAAAAACACAGCACCCCAGCAAUGGCCAAAUAAAUCAUGUACCCACUUUAUUAAUUACAGGAAUACAACAAUAUUAAUGUUAAAAUAUGUUUGAUUACUACAAAUACAUUCUACUAGAGGUCAAAAGGUGUUACUGGUUUUUGUUUCAGGAACAGUUCAAUUACAUCAUUAAAAGUGUGACAAAUGCAGUGCUUUAAAUGAGCAAUUGCUAUUUUAUCUGAUAAUAUAGUUACAUUAUGAAGGUUGUAAUUGCCAUCUUAUUUUAAUAACUGGUUGCAGCACAAUUACUGUAACAACACACUCUAAUUUAAUAUUCUUUCAUGUUAAUUUUUUUUGUCGCUCGUCUUCGGUUCAGGUCAGGCUUUUGAAUAGGUCUUAACUAAACUUAAUUGCUGUUUAUUGAGAUGCUUUGAGGUUUUGGAUCUUUGUUAGCUACAUAACCCAAGUGUGCAUUAUUUUAAGCUUGUAUACCAUAUUUAUAAUGUUUUAAACAUGAAAUAUUGUAUUUAAAACAGGAAGUCAUGGAUUACUGCUUGCUAGUUACAAGACAUGCUGAUCAUCUUCAAACAGUAAAAUUUAAAUAAAAAAAUGCUUGUUACAAAUUCUUCAAAGUAUUUUAGUGGUGCCAAAAAUGUAAAUGGAAAAAUGCUUGUUUCAUAUUGUUUCGAAGUAUUUUAGUGGUGCAGAUAAUUAUGGCACCGCUUUAAUCUGGUCAGGGUCAUGGUGGGUCUGUAUGUAGACACCUGACCUGCUGAUAGCACCGUUUAAAUCUCUGAGGCAGUGGGCUAGCUUAUUUGUGCCACCCGACCAUCACAUGUGGCUUUGUUCAAAAUAAUUCUUUCUUAAUGAGAGAUUUUUGUUCUUUUUUUUGUAGUUUAUCUACUCUUGUGCACCUUUGCUUUGAUGUAUUGCAUUUUUGUACUAUUGUCUGCAUUUUUAUA